AUGAAGCAAACUGCCAAUUUAUUUGUGAAACAGCGCUCACAAACAACAACUUUAAAACAACCUAAAGAAAUCACAUGUUAUUCAAGAAAUCGUGAAGAGGAGUAUUUACCUAAAGACGAUUGUAAUCUACACUAUUAUUAUUUCCCCGAUUCUUAUUUAGAUAACAAUGUGGAUCUGAGUGGUGGUGCUGCAAAAUUCAAAGAUUUCCAGAAAAAUUUUAAAGAUAGAUGUAGUUUAAAAGGCCUGCUUGCAUCUUUACAACAAUAUGAAAUGAAUAAAAAUACUAAAAUAAAGGCUGAUAUCAUUACAUUUAGAGGUAUUAUAAGAAAAUUAAUCUCUGCAGCUUUUGAUUCUGAACAAUUUAAUCACGUAGACUUAAGAGUUUUAGUUUUUGAUGGCCAGAUCUUUAUUAAAGAAAUUCCUCAAGACGAACCGGAACUCGUAGGUAAAGCAAAAUUAAAUGCAUAUAGUGGAUACAAAUUCGAGACUUUGGCAACUAUCCCUCAACCUCUGCCGUUUGUAAGUAGAGAACUUUUGGAAAAGAGACCUAAAAAAAUUGUUACUACUGGAGAUGAGUAUGUCUCUGUUGUUAAGACAGGUAUUAGUAACUGCAGGUUAGUUCUUGGUGCAGAAGUUGACUGUAUAUUUGACUUUAAAGAAUCUAGUAAAACUAAUAAUAUAUACCAUUAUGCUGAAUUAAAAUGUACACAACAGAUAUGCACAGCUCAGCAGGCUCGUGGUUUUGAUAAAAAAAUAUUUAGAACUUGGCUGCAAUGCUUUCUAGUUGGCAUACCCAGAAUUAUAUAUGGGUUCCGAGAUGAUAAUAUGGUACUAAAAUCUGUCGAAGAGUUUUCUACUGAAGAAAUUCCUAUAUUACUUAAGGAUGAUCCAGCUUGGGCUAAUGCCUGUUUGGAUGCAAUUAAAUGGUAUGGGGCAUUAACUCAGUGGUUAUUAGAUACUAUUCCUAGAAAUGACGAUAAAAAAUGUUACAAACUCGUAUUUGAAAAUAAUCAUUUAAGAUUGAGUGAAUUCGAAGAAUCAGACCAAGAAUAUGACGGAAUAGUCAACGGAGAUGUGAUUAUAAGUAAAGAGUUCCGUGAAUGGAGAACACAGCUAAAAUCCCAAAAAGACAAAUGA